GUACGGAGUACUUUGAACUCUAUCAGCCGCUGCCGUGAGUCAGCUUUAUCAUUAAGGCAUGUAAUACAAAGUACAAAGUACAAAGUACAAAGUACGCCACGUAAGGUACCUUACUUUGUACAGGACAUCAACCUUCAUUUCCUUUUUUUUCGGACUUUAUUUCUUUACUUUUCGCUUUUGCUUUUGUUUAUUUCUGAGAUGGCAUCGGCGAAAGUCAGUUGGACCUUUUUUUCCUCCUUUUUUUUUUGCCCUUUUUUGCCCUUUUUUGCCCUUUUUUUUGCCCUUUUCAUCCGCCUUCUCUUCCGCCGUCUCUUACUUUUCCUAAAUUCACACCCUCCCUCGACGAAUCGGUACUUCACACCGGGGUGGGAAGAUCAAAAGAUAACGCCCCGCCGUCCCAACGAAUCACCGACCCGCCCAUAUCGAGAUCAUCGGGUCUCCCCGUAUCUCCAUGCCCGGGACAAAUCCAUUGGCCGUUUUCCAGGUUUUGAUGUUCUGAUAUGUGACGCGAAAGGCAGGCUUCCAGAAGAAAAGGAGAAAAAGAGUGCUUGCAAUGGCUUAUUAGGUUUGUCUCUCGAUUAGAAAUAAAGAUACCUUGGACCAGGGAAACUCGAGGUUAUACCUGUACACAAUUAUCUCGAUCAAUUUACCCUUCAAUUUUGACCCGAUUCAACGGUUACGGUUACGCUGUAUCUGACAGGGGGCGGAAGACCGCGACUCCAGAAAGACGGCCCAUGCAUAACGUAUC